AUGGAAAAGAGAGGCUACAUUCACAGACCAGAGGGAGGCCAAGCAACCCUGAGGAAGAAGAAGAAACUAAAGCCAUUUCCCAGCAAACAUGUUCCAAGUCUGAUUCAAUUAGGAAAAAUGAUGGCUUGCAAACUGCUCCUUGUCCUGACCCUAUGGACAAUGUCUACGGAGGCCUUUCCCAAAGGGACUCAGGGGAAGAUGUGCCACCUCUCAAAAUACAAGUCCCUGCCACCCUGGGAACUGGAGACCUUCAAGAAUGUCAAGGACAGAUUUGAGGACAUCAUGCUGUUGUCAGACCGAAAAUGCAACACCAAGAUUUUCCACCGGAACUGGAAAGUCAAAGAGCUGUCGGUGCACGACAGAGUGAUCCUGGUAGAGACGGAGCUGCACCUCAUUAUUGACGUGCUGGAGAACUUUGGGGAUUCCAGUCUGUCCGAGCAGCUCGUGAGGCCAUUAGAAAUCCUGAGGCAUAUCAGAGAGGACUUGAAGAGCUGGGCCAGACAUCAGCCUCACGGCCAUCAACGCUCCCGGAUGCUGACUAACUGGCUCCUAAAAUUCCAUGCAGCCAAGAAAAUGGAAACUCCGGGGUGCCUGGAAGCAUCUGUGAUCUUCAAUCUCUUCCGAUUCCUGAACGAAGACUUGAAGUGCGCAGCCUACAUGGAGUUCUGCACCUAAAUGCAAAGCCUUUACACUGUCUCACCUCAUGCACUAAUCAGACACUGGAGAGCCCAGCGAAUGGGAACCCUGAAUCCUUCCUACAGGACACUAUAUUUUAACCAGGCAUGAUGCUCUUUCUGCCUUGGCAUCUUACCACGGAUACCCAUCACCAAUGAUCUCUGAACAAAAGAUUCCGAUACAACUGAUCUUCAGGAAGAGAUCUCUCCGACUCCAAU